AUGACGCCCAAGGAAGCGAAGCGUCAGCAGCGACACCGCAAGAUUCGAUCCAAGAUUUCCGGAUCGUCCGAACGCCCGCGCAUUUCCGUGUACAGAUCGAACCAGCACGUCUACGUCCAAGUCAUCGAUGACGAAAACCAAAAAACCAUCGCCGCGCUCGGGACGAUGAGCGCGUCCGUCAAGGCCGUCAUCGGGAGCGAGGAGUGGAAGGGCAAGACCGUGGAGUCUGCGGAGCAAGUCGGGAAGAUGCUCGGUGCCGUGUGCGUCGAAAAGGGCAUCACGCAGGCUGUGUUCGACCGCGGUGGAUUCCUCUACCACGGCCGCGUCAAGGCCAUCGCCGACGGCGCUCGCGCCGCCGGCGUCGCGAUGUGA